AUGAGCGCAGCUCCCAGCACGAUCGCCCCUGAAGCAACGCAACAGCUAACUAAAGAGGACCUUGUAAAGUACUUGGCCUCUGGCUGCAAGCCCCGCGAAAAGUGGAGGAUUGGGACGGAGCAUGAGAAGCUGGGCUACAACACUGCAGACAACAGCAGGAUCGGCUAUGACGUCAUCCAGAAGCUGCUGCAGGGUCUGUGUGACCGCUUUGGCUGGCAGCCGGUGAUGGAGGGCGAGUAUAUCAUCGGUGCAGAGCUGGAUGGGCAGAGUGUCAGCCUGGAGCCUGGCGGCCAAUUUGAGCUGAGUGGCGCUCCUUUAGAGACCUUGCACAUGACCUGCGCAGAGACCAAUAACCACCUCUAUCAGACCAAAACAAUUGCGAAGGAGUUGGGGAUUGGCUUCUUGGGGCUGGGCUUUGACCCCAAAUGGAGGGUGGAGGAUGUGCCUGUGAUGCCAAAGCAUCGGUAUAGGAUCAUGCGUUCGUACAUGCCAAAGAGGGGCACACUGGGCCAUGACAUGAUGUUCAGGUCGACUACCAUCCAGGUCAACCUGGACUUUGAGGACGAAGCAGACAUGGUGGAAAAGAUGAGGAUAGGGAUGGCACUGCAACCCGUUGCCACUGCCCUCUUCGCCAACUCGCCCUUCAGAGACGGCAAGGACACAGGCUACAUCAGCUGGCGGAGUCACGUGUGGACAGAUGUGGACCCAGACAGGACGGGCAUUCUGCCCUUUGUCUGGGACGCCGACUUUGGCUUUGAGCGCUAUACGGAGUACGCGCUGGACGUGCCCAUGUACUUCCUGUACCGCAAUGGCACCUACGAGGAUGCCACGCAGCAGCGGGGGACCUUCCGCGAGUACUUGGAAGGCCGCCUGCCCAUUGCACCAGGGCAGUACCCCACGCUGAAGGAUUGGGAGACGCACCUGACCACCAUCUUCCCAGAGGUACGCCUGAAGCGCUACAUGGAGAUGCGCGGCGCUGACGGCGGCCCCUGGGAUUCUAUUUGCGCGCUGCCGGCACUCUGGGUUGGCCUGCUGUACACCAGGGAAAUCCAGACGGAGGCCUACGAGAUGAUUAAGGGCUGGUCUAUGGAGGAUCACCAGCACCUUCGUGACAGUGUUCCCAGCACCGGCCUAAAGACGCCCUUCCACGACGGCACUGUCCAGGAUGUGGCCAAGCAGGUGCUGGCGCUAUCGCGGAAAGGCCUGCAAGCCCGGGGGAAGGGGGAGGAAUCAUUCUUGAAGCCACUGGAAGUCAUCGCAAACACGGGGGUCACUGCAGGAGAUGCAUUGAGGAAGAGGUAUCAUGAGGAGUGGGGUAGCAAUGUGGACAACAUCUUCUCUGAAGAAUUCACCUACUAGUUUGUAGCCCGUAGCCCUCUGACCGUCUAGACGUUCAAAAUUGGAAGUAAGAUUUGCCCAAUAGUAUACUGAUAUCUGAGCAAUGGGUUGGUUGUGGCACGUCUCGUCUGCUUCCGAAUGCAUGAACAUGGGUGUGCGUUUGUGGAGAACACUAUGGCUUGGCGCUCCCGCAUCAUUUGCAUUUGCAAUAUUUAUUGAACAAAGCGGAUGCCAGUGAACAUGCUUAUGAAAGUAUCACACAUACUAUCAUCCUACUCUCAUCAUUUACACCUAGUGUUUUGGGGUUGGGGUGUCCAAAAAUGGACCCCCGUUUUAAGGGUGAUCUUGGGCAAUUUCGAUGUGCUGAUCACGCCUACGAAGUCAUAAUUUGAAAAUUCGACCUCUUUGGCUCUCUAUAAGGCCUCAAACAUGGUUUUAGGCUAGGGUUUGCAUAGGGUUGGCUCUAGCUCCUCAAAAGGGGGGCCUAUGGCAUAGUGGAAAGACUUGCAAUGGGACAUAUAC